AUGAAAGGCACCAACGGCUCCGACAUCGAAGGCCUAACCCUGCCGGUCGAUGAAGACUUCGACCCUAAUAUUCAACUGGACAAUUUGGGACCCAAGACAUCGCCCGCCUCCACCAUCGACGUUAAGAUAUGGGCACAGACGAUCUGCACGCAGCUUGUGCUGUUCCUCGGGCAGUGGCCGCUGUGGGGCGGCUGCCAGCUGUCCUCGAGCGUUUGCGAGCAGCACGACAGCAGCCCGCCGCUGAGCGCCGAGCUGGGCCCAGCGGUGCUGGAGGCGCGCCACGUGCAGCUGAUGCGCUUCAGCGACGCCACGCUCGCGUCGCUCGUCGAGCUGCCCGCGCUGGACAUGCCCGCCGGCGGCACCACGCCCGGCUUAAUGACAUCUGACCGCCAAGUAAGAAUUCUUCUACGCGACAUUGCCGGCAAAGCUUGCUGGGACGCCUCGGCAUUGUAUUACGAUCCCUUUAUCGCAUCUUCAGAGGAAAUUCAACCACUAACAAUUCCGGAUACCAUUGAUAGCCCAAGGGAUGAUACCCUGUCUUCCUUGCCACCACCGCUACCCCCAGAUCUACUACCUGAUUACAAGAAUUCGCCACCUGAUAAACAUCAGCUAGACCAUGUGCUGGCGUACAUCGGGCACACGUCGCCGGAAGUGACGUGCGGGCGGCGGCUGGACGGCGCGGGCGCUUCGCCGCUUCCGCCUGGCGCGGAGGACGAGCUUGUCGCGGCGCUCGUCGCCCACCGGAACGCCGAGCGCCUCUACCUCGAGCGGCGCGACAGCGACGACGAGUCUGACGCGUCGGAGACUUGUGCAACUGGCUACUCGAGUGCGGCGGGGCCCUUCGACCUGUGCCGCCAGUUUCUCGCGCAGACGGGCGCGCUGGCGCCAUCUAGGCGCGCGCACGUUCAACUCCUGCGGCGCUCGGAUCGCUUGCUGCGGGAACUGCGCAAUCUAGACGCUCUGAGGUGCCGCGAAACGCACAAAGUGGCUGUCAUAUACGUCGGCAAGGGACAGGAGACGCGAAACGAAAUCCUCUCGAAUCGCUGCGGCAGCCCUGCGUACGAAGCGUUCCUCGCUGCCCUCGCGUGGGAGGUGGAGUUGGAGUCGCACGUGGGCUUUGCGGGCGGGCUGCGCGGCGGCGGAGGGGGGGGCGUCUCAGCACCCUACAUAGCCACGCUCACCCUCGAGGCGCUGUUCCACGUGGCCACGCGCAUGCCGGCCGACACCCCCGACGCCAUUCUCAACAAGACCCGACAUUUGGGGAACGACGAAGUGCACGUGGUAUGGAGCGAGCACUGGCGGCCAUACAAACGUGACACGCUGCCCACCCAGUUUUGUGACGUGCUCAUAGUGCUGUAUCCGCUCCCUGGUGGGUUGCUGCGCUGCACGGUAUCCAGGAAACCAGAUGUGGCGGUGUUCGGGCCGCUGUGGGAGGAGUGCGUGGUGCGCGGCAGCUGCGGCGCGGCGCUGGUGCGCGGCGCGGCGUUCUGCGGCGGGCGGGCGGUGCGCGCCACGAUGCCGCUCUACCAGCACGCGUGCUCGGAGCGCGCGCGCGGCCUCGACGCGCUGGUCGCGCACCACACGCAGCCGGCGACCUUCGAGCACUUCGUGCAGCGCGUGCGCGACCCGGUGCCGCCGCCCGACGACCGACGGCCCGACCAGGGCAGCGGCCGUCUUGCCGCGGCACUUCUGGACCACGGCGCCAACUCGUGGGCGACAGGGGCGCCGCACACGGUCUCGCCGCGGCCCGCGAAACGGCUCGGGCCCUUCAAGCGGCCCCAGCCGAUGCAGAGUGCGCCGCACACCGCGCCGCCUGACGUGCCGACGCCGCGACGCGCGCGU